AUGCGCCCCCCGCCCGCGCUGGCCCUGGCCGCGCUCUGCCUGCUGGCGCUGCCCGCCGCUGCCGCCGCCGCCUACUUCGGGUCAGUGCCCGCCGCGCCCCCGGCCCGCGUCCCCGGGAACAGUCUGCAGAGCGAAUACUGUGUGAUCAUCCAGGGGAGCAACAGCUACAAGGAGCUGGAGGACAGCAGCCAGUACCAUGCACAGUCCUUCCCAAACAUCCCCGAUCAUAGACGUUGCCCAAGCCUGACCGGGCGGGAGGUCCUGACGCCCUUCCCAGGGCUGGGCACGGCCGUGGCCCCUGCACAGGGUGGGGCCCACCUGAAGCAGUGUGACCUGCUGAAGCUGUCCCGGCGGCAGAAGCAGCUCUGCCGGAGGGAGCCUGGCCUGGCCGAGACCCUGCAGGACGCUGCCCACCUCAGCCUGCUCGAGUGCCAAUUCCAGUUUCGACACGAGCGCUGGAACUGCAGCCUGGAGGGGAGGACCGGCCUGCUCAAGAGAGGUUUCAAGGAGACGGCCUUCCUGUACGCAGUGUCCUCGGCCGCCCUCACCCACACUCUGGCCCGGGCCUGCAGCGCCGGCCGCAUGGAGCGCUGCACCUGUGACGACUCUCCGGGCCUGGAGAGCCGGCAGGCCUGGCAGUGGGGCGUGUGCGGCGAUAACCUCAAGUACAGCACCAAGUUCCUGAGCAACUUCCUGGGGCCCAAGAGAGGAAGCAAAGACCUGAGGGCCCGGGCGGAUGCUCACAACACGCACGUGGGCAUCAAGGCAGUGAAGAGUGGCCUCAGGACCACGUGUAAGUGCCACGGCGUGUCGGGCUCCUGCGCCGUGCGCACCUGCUGGAAGCAGCUCUCCCCCUUCCGAGAGACGGGCCAGGCGCUCAAGCUGCGCUAUGACUCAGCCGUCAAGGUGUCCAGCGCCACCAACGAGGCCUUGGGCCGCCUGGAGCUGUGGGCCCCUGCCCGGCCCGGCAGCCCCACCAAGGGCCUGGCCCCGCGGCCUGGGGACCUGGUCUACAUGGAAGACUCGCCCAGUUUCUGCCGGCCCAGCAAGUACUCGCCGGGCACGGGGGGCAGGGCGUGCUCCCGGGAGGCCAGCUGCAGCAGCCUGUGCUGCGGGCGGGGCUACGACACCCAGAGCCGCCUGGUGGCCUUCUCCUGCCACUGCCAGGUUCAGUGGUGCUGCUACGUGGAGUGCCAGCAGUGCGUGCAGGAGGAGCUCCUGUACACCUGCAAACACUAGGCGGGCUGCCCGGGGUGCCCGGGGGCGCUGCCAGGACCCCCGGCGCUCGGCCCCCUUGAGCCCCCUCCCCACCCACCCCCACCCCCGCCCCGCAGGGACGCACAGCAGGCAGGCACUCUCCGAUGCCCGCGCCCCUGCACGCGCACUCCUCCCUCCGGGGCCUCAGCCGCCUUUCCCUCCGUCCACAUUCCACAGAGAGAGGCUCGUGGGGACCUGCACGGAGGGUCCCCAGCCUUGUUGGAGCAGGAGCACAGAGUCGGAAAGGAGGUGGGGGGCCGGGGAAGGGAGACCAAGAGGAGGCCAGGACUGCGGGUCUUAGGCGGGGGACAUCCCGCUAGCUCCAUUCCUCGGGUGAGUGGCCGAGAGCCAGCAAGAUGUUGGGAGGUGAGCUCCCGGGCCAGCAGGGCACGGGAAGGCAGUGUCAGCUGGUUGCCAAGGCUGGAGCCUGGCAGGGAUGGGUCAGUCCAGCCCGGGGGCCCGGCUCAGGUCACAGUGAGCCCUGGGGGCCAUGCAGCUCCACCCCCGGUUGGCUUUGCUGUGCUAGAGGUUGGGGGAGAGGCCGGGAGGUAGGGGCUGUUUGUUUGCAGAAAGGAAAGCUUGCUGGGCUCGAGUGGACCCAAGUCAGAUACAUGCCCUGGAGCCCUGUGUCCUUGAUUUGGCUUUUAAAAUAGGCACUGAGGCCUCCUUCUUGCCUUGAGAGCUGAGUCAUGCACGCCCAGCCAGCCCUGCUCUGUAAGAGCCCCAGCGGAUGCGAGGCUGGUGGGGUCUCGCUGUCCCCGGCUGGCGCGCAGAUAGAGAACCAGGGCUGUACAGAGCGACAGCGACCCCUCCCCUGUUUUCCGGCUGGGGAACCUUUAGUCCCAGCCCAGGCGAGGGUGACAGCCUUUGGUUGGAGGCAGGGAUGCAGGGAGCUCGGCUUCUCAGCUUCCCCUUAGGCCCUGUUUGGUCAACUGCCCGUGGCUGCAGUCACCCGUUCCAUGAGGCCCCAGCGCAGCUGACGUUCGCGACCCAGAAGAGUUCUGGCUCCGGUUACAAUUCCGCUCUUCUAGCUACUCAUUUAAUUAAGGUUUUGCCCUGACGUUACAGGCUUUGCUAAGCCUGCCUCCUUGGGGGCCCCCUUCACUCACGGAGGGCCCCCACUUUGGCUCAUACCUGAGGAAUAGAAGUGACUCUGCUAAUUUCCUCUGAUCCUGUGGACAUUUAAGGGGCUACCUGCCAAGGCCCCUGUGUGGGAGGAGGAGAGAGUAGCUGGUACAUACACACACACAUGCAUGCACACCCCUUGGACCUGCCAGGCUGGAGGGUUCCCAUUUAGCAGCACACACUCUGGUUCAGAACCAGGACCUUGCAGGGCUCACUCUGCUAGAAGCUGAAUGCCAGCCAGGAGGAAGUGAGUGACCUCCUUCGGGAAGCCCUUGGCCGCUUUGCCAGCCCUGCCGCGCCCUCUGUCAGCUUCCUUUCUCCCUGAACCCAGAGUUGCUGACCCUCUGCUGAACGGAAACUUCAGAAUCAGCCGUAUGCUCAGAAACCACCAGUUCGAGCCCAGGAAGGAGUCCCGGGCUCCCCGGGACAUCCAAGGGUGAGGAGCUUCCCUGGCUUUGGUGAGUCAGGGCAGCUUGUGAGAUGCUGGAAGGAUCUCUGGCUGCAGAAGUUCUGAGGAGAAGCCAAACUUACCUGAGACCCCCCUCGCUGGACUGACCUUGCUGGCCCAGGCAGCCGGCCCACCUCUUGUCAGGAAGAGCAAAAAGGAGAGCGGGCUGGUUUUCUAGUUUCUUCCACUCCCCCUACUGUAUGGAGACUGUUUCUUGGCCAGCCCAAUCCAUCUUGUUCCUCUGAGACCCCAACUCUGCCUCCACCUUGCCCUAGCCCUCGUUAUAAGGCGCCAGAGGCCUCCCUGGCAGGAAGAAGGAGUCUGAUCCACCAACAUAUCAUCUGCACCCCAACUCCCCUGCUGGCUGGGGUUGGAGGAGGAUAAAGGCAGACUCUGAGGGCCCCUCGGCCUGGGGGGUCCUCCCCGUCUAGCUCCCCCUUCUCCUUCCUUUCUCUACCCUUUCUCUUCCGGGUGUCCCCAAAGGUCCACCUCAGCCCUGCUGGGGCCCCUCAUUCUACAGCUUUAAGGGAAACGCUCACAGGGUAUUUUUUUGUCUACCUCACAUACGUAGUUUUUAGGGCAAAAGAGAAUAAUUUAUAUAGCUAAGAUAUAUGAGAAAAUAUUUAUGUAUACUAUUUAUAUAGUUUCUAUAUUUCAUGGGCAGCACCUGCGGGGGUUGUGUAUGCCAUCAGAAGCCGUCCUGUCUGAGGAGACACCGCCUGGCUUGGCCGGAGCGGGGCCGCCCCUGCGCUCUUCCCCAGGGGGCUGGGCUGUCUCGUAGGUCCUGCAAGCAGCCUGUCUUGGCGCUGGUGAGAACGCAUCCCCUCCAUGCAUGAGCCCUACUGGGCUUGGUCUGGAUCUUCCUUGUGAAGGUUUUGUAAAUUCUCUGUUCUGGGUCCCAGGCCCCUCUUCUGCUCUGGCGAAACUGUCUUGCUCAUAAUAAUGAUGACGAGAAAGAUGGCCACACUUUGCGUUUGUAAAGCACUUUCGGUCUUCAGAAACACUCCUGUUCCUUUAAUCCCGCUUGAUUUCCCCCGUUAUCCCUGAAUUGUGUGUGUGGUGGGGGGCUCAUACUGUGCGGGGUUUACAGAUGCGGCCCAGAGAUGGAGGGCUGUGCCCCAAGUCACACUAAGGAGGUCCGCUCAAGGAGUAUUUUCUGAAACUGCAUGGGCCAGGCACUGUGCGAGCUGACUUGCCCUGAGCCUAGGAGCCCCCAAGCCUGGAGACACGUUGAGCCCAAGAGCCCAGGGAAGUGGCUCCUUCUGCUGUGUGUGACCCCGGCCUUUCGGAUCUGGACAGCACGUCAGCACUUCUCCAAGCAGAGUCCUGUGUCUCAGGGGCUGGGACUGCCUGAGAGGCCUGGAGAGAAAGGGCCCCAGGGGCUGCUUGAGAGGAGUGGGCGACACCACAGGGCCCCUCCCGGCCCACAGAUGGGUUUCGUUUGCUCUCAUUUGUGGUUUUCUCUUAACGAAUUGUUUUCCAUUGGAUUUCUGGCUUGCCUUGUGCAAUGAAUCGGGCUGGCCAACGGGGCGUACUUUCUCACCCGGCCAUAGUCAGCUACAGAGAGGGAACCCUAUUAGACAGGCCACAUGGGGGUCCCCAGUUUGCCAAGUACCCCCCACCUCAGUCCACCUCGCUCAUGGGUGUUCCCGCCUGGCUCUCGUGGGCGCAUCGUGUCCCUCCCCCUGUCCAGAUAAGCCCAGUGUCCCUGUGUCCUUCACGGCCGGGCCGACAGGCCCACAGGCAGACCCAUGCCAGCCCAAAGAUUAUUUCUUGCGUUCCAGAGUUUCCUCUCUCAACAACCAAUGAACUUCAAGUGUUUUUUGUCUCAGCGCGUUGUGGAAUUCUAAUGGGAGCUAUCAUAUACUGAGCACCUGUUACGUCCAUCCCUUCAAUCAGCGAUUACGUAGGGAGCCCCGACUGAGCGCCAGGCACCUCUCUGGGCGCUGGGGUGUAGCAGCGAGCGAAACCAAGUCCCUGUCUCGUGGGGCUGACACUCUAGUGGGGGAGAGAGACAAUACACCAAUAAACUCCAUGUCAGAUAUUUGUACCCACUUUGUCUUGAUUUAUUGCAAUAACACAAUUGGACACAACCAGUGAAGGCUCUUGAAUGCCCCUAGGAAGCAGGGAUGUCAGGAUUUGAGCACAGAUCUGCUGGCCUUCAAAGUGUGGCUUGUUCCCUCUCUGGACUGCUGCCUCCCCUCAGAUAGAGGUAGGGGAGGAAUGGAUCACCCCCCCCCUUUUUUUUUUAAAGAUUUUAUUUAUUUAUUUAUUUAUCAGAGAGAGAGAGAGAGAGAGCACAA